AGGAGGAGGCGACCACAACAAUACUCCGCGAUUGUUGGAAAAUUGUAUUUCCUUGUGGGCGGAGGCCGAGCAGCUGCUUGUUUUUUGGUCGGAGAUAUGGCGUUGACUCUGCAAAGCGAGGGGUCCGUGUCUGAGGAGGCUGGUGGACUGUCCGAGGAAGUGGAGGGGAAAGUAGCGGCAGCAGCCACGCUGGAAAAGCCUGGUUGCUCCGGGGCGGGUGCUCUUUACGAACAGGGAAGCCGCUCUGAAUCCAGCUGUGAAGGUAACGAAGAGAUGGAGGAUGAGGAAGAGAUGAUGGAGGAAGGGACUGCAGGAAGUGGAGCCGCAGCCCUCUUCGGAGGAUUUGGGACGGAGGAGGGCGAAAUGGAUUGCGACGAUGAGGACGAGCGCAUGAUUAAUCUUUCUGAACUGGUACCAUAUAUCAUGUGUUCCAUCUGCAAGGGAUAUUUCAUAGAUGCCACAACCAUCACAGAAUGUCUUCACACAUUUUGUAAAAGCUGCAUAGUAAGACAUUUUUACUAUAGUAACAGAUGUCCAAAAUGCAACAUUGUAGUACAUCAGACACAGCCGCUUUAUAAUAUCAGGCUGGAUCGACAAUUGCAAGACAUAGUAUAUAAAUUAGUUGUCAACUUGGAAGAAAGAGAAAAAAAGAGAAUGCACGAUUUCUACAGGGAAAGAGGCUUAGAAAUACCCAAACUUGCUGCACCCCAACCAAUGGCAGUGGGCAGGGGAAGACCCCGUAAGGUUGUAGGGUCUGUAUUCCGUCUUCCUCCAGAACUUGACAUGUCACUUCUUCUGGAAUUUAUUGGAGCAAAUGAUCUCUCUGGGAAUUUUAAGCCACUGGAAAAGAAGUUUGUGCGUGUUUCAGGAGAGGCAACAAUUGGACAUGUGGAAAAAUUCCUCAGAAGAAAGAUGGAUCUUGAUCCUGGCUGUCAGGUUGACAUAAUAUGUGGUGAUCACCUGCUAGAACACUAUCAGACUCUAAGGGAAAUCCAAAAUGCCCUAGGGAAGAGUGCAGUGCAGGAUGGGUUGCUUAUACUUCACUAUGGACUGAUUCUUAGUGGAGAUUCCACAUUUUCAAAAAUUUCUUAAAUUUUCAGAAGAUGUUUGAAAGAACAAAACCUCAUAUGAGAACUGCAGCAAAAAAAAGCCAUUUCAUUUAAAUGAAUUUAAAGAGAUGCACUGUUUUUGCUCUGCAUAAUAAUUAAGGAAAUGAUUUAAAGCAGUGAGAAAAACUAACACUGUACCAGUAAGUAAGCUAUAAAUACUUCAGUGGUCUUGUGUCAUCAGCGCCUAGCUCAGGGAAGAACAAACAUAUCAACAUAACAAAAUUCAUUCUAAAUAUGUAGGUCUUGCAGCAUUCAUGACUAAUCCAUGGGUGGUGUUGUAUUUGAGACUACAGUUUAUCCGAAAGUCUUUAAGUAUAUUUGCAGUACUGUUCUCAGGGAUGAUCUCUUGGACCACAAUGUCUUAUUGGGAAAACCAUGCAUUUAUUCAUAGGGACAUUUGAAUUUUAUUUUAGUUGUCAGUUUAGAAAUAAAAUGAUUUAGAUUUUUCCCUACAGAUAAAAUGGGGCUAAUCACCCUUUAAAAUUGCAAGCAUUUAUAUCUCAUGCCUUAUAUGAAAAAUAUUGAAAUACAUAAUAUACCAAAUAUUAGAACAGGAAAAGAAAUAAAUCUAUGUUACCUAUAGAUCAUCACUGGUUGAAUAACAAUGUAAAUGUAAAAGUAGAUGAGGCAAUGAAUUGGGCUGCAUUGGAACAUAUAUUCCCCCUGUUGUUUAUACCUCCAAUGUCAGUGGGAAAAUAAAUGGACCAUAUGCUUUCCAAAUGUUUAAAACAGUAUACUUGUUCCCCAGGUAAUAAAAGUGCACUUGAAUAAUAAAUUGGGAGCUGGCUGAAUGGUAGCUAUAGAACAGAGCCAGAAUAAUGGUCUUAUUGAAAAAUAAGAAUUUGAUUAGCUUAUAGCU